UUCACCGUGAUUCGAACCUGGGAUACGCUCAAUGACAUUACCUAAAUCUAUCCCUCGGUAAAACCCUGGUUCGGCCGUCUCCCUCGCGAUCCAUUCUUGUCACAGCCAAAACCCUAAUAUCGGACCCAACAACUGAAAGAAGAAAGUAACGCAAAAGAAGAAGAAGAAGAUGAGACAUCCAUGGCGAUUUCUUCUCUUCCGAAGAUAUCCGCGGUCUCCUCUCCUAGUUCCCACCAUGUCCCAGGUAUUCCCUCCUUCCAUUCCUCCUCCUCCUCGUACUCGCUCAUUCCACAACAUUUCUUCACACUCUCAUUUCACAAACCCCUUCAACAUGAAGAAAGAACUAUCCAUGAUAAAUUGCAAAAGCAGCACCAUCAAUCAUUGUAGUUUCUCAUCCGAGGCAGCCGUUGAAGAAAAAGAACCAGAUCAUGUUUUGGUAACUGUGACUGGUAUUUUCACUAGACUUAAUGAUAGGAAUGAUAUAAAGAGAGAAUUGGAGUUAAAUGAUGUUGUUUUUAGCCAUGAUAUGAUUUUGAAGGUUUUGAGGAAUGUUGAGUCUAGUCCUGAUGUUGCAAGGAGAUUUUUUGAUUGUAUUUUGGAGAGCAAUUUGGAGAAAUUGAGCUCAAAAUCGUAUAACCUGAUGCUAGGUAUUUUGGGUGUCAAUGGGUGGGUUGAGGAAUUUUGGAGUUUGGUUGAUGUCAUGAAGCAGAAAGGAUACGGUAUCUCUGGUGGUGUCCGCGACAGAGUUGCAGCGAAGUUUGAGAAGGACGGGUUGGAGAGCGAUUUGGAGAGAUUGAAAGGGGUUUUUGCCUCGGGAUCAGUGGAUAGUUCAAUGGAAAAGUUUUGUUCUAGGGUGUGUAAGAUUGUUAGGAGCAAUGUGUGGGGGGAUGAUGUUGAGGAGAGGUUGCGUGAUCUGAAUGUUGCAUUUUCAAGUGAUUUGGUGAAAAUGGUUUUGGAAAAUCUUGGCACAGAACCAACAAAAGCAUUUAUACUUUUUAGGUGGGCUGAGGAGUGCGGUUUGUUGAAGCAUGAUCAGCAGAGUUAUAAUGCUAUAGCGAGGGUUUUGGGGAGGGAAGAUUGCAUUGAUAGGUUUUGGAAGGUUGUUGAUGAAAUGAAAAGUAUCGGGUAUGAAAUGGAAAUGGAGACUUAUGUUAAGGUUUUAGGGCGCUUUUGUAAGAGGAAGAUGAUUAAGGAAGCCGUAGACUUGUAUGAGUUUAAAAUGGCUAGUUGCAAUAAGCCUUCUGUGAGUUGUUGUACCUUUCUGCUGAGGAAAAUAGUGGUGAGUAAACAAUUGGACAUGGAUUUGUUUUCCAGAGUUGUGAGGGUUUUUAAGGAGAGUGGGAAUGUCUUGACAGAUUCUAUGGUUGAUGCAGUUCUCAGAUCUUUGACAAGUGUUGGUAGACUUGGUGAAUGCAACAAGGUUCUAAAAGUAAUGGAGGAAGGUGGGUUUGUAGCUGGCCGUAAUUUGCAGAGUAAAAUUGCUUUUAGACUUGCUAGUGCUGGUAAAAAAGAUGAAACUGCUGAGUUUAUGGAUUAUGUUGCAGCAUCAAAUACUAAUUUAGAUCACAAGGCAUGGGGAUCUUUAAUUGAAGGGUGUUGUGCUGCUGGGGAUCUUGAGACAGCAUUAGCUUAUUUCCAAAAUAUGGUUGAAAAAGAAGGGGUCUUUUAUGCUGGUUAUGCCUUUGAAUGGUUGGUAAAUUCUUAUUGCAGCAGGAAAAGAGCGAUGGAUGCAUGCAAGCUUCUGCACAAGUACGUUAGUGAGAAUCAGUUAAGGCCAUGGCAUACUACGUACAAGGAAUUGAUAAGGAAGUUACUGGCUCAGGGUGGAUUUAGAGAUGGUUUAAGUCUCUUGGGCUUGAUGAAAGAUCAUGGUUUCCCACCCUUUGUGGAUCCAUUCAUUGAUUAUGUAUCAAAGUCUGGAAGUAGCGAAGAUGCUAUUGCUUUUCUCAAGUCUAUGACAUCAAAAAGGUUUCCAUCUCUGUCAGUGGUUCUCCGUGUUUUUGAAGCCUUUUUUAAAGCUGCAAGGCAAAAUGAAGCACAAGAUUUAUUGUCAAAAUGCCCAGGUUACAUUCGUAACCAUGCAGAUGUUUUGAAUCUCUUUUGUUCCAAGAAAUCAGGUCAAGCUGUUGCUGCACCUCCUGCGAUUGCUUAGGCUUCAUUGACUGUGUUUCAGAUUGUACUUUAAUUGAUUAGGAUGGCAUUUGUUCUAAAAGUUUGCCAUGAGAUUUUCAACAUCAAUCAUUAAAAUGUGUUGUCCUCUGGCUUCAACUUGCAAAGAAAAAUCAAAAGAAUUUAGGAUUUUCAUGAUUUUUCCCUGUUAGUGCUUUACAAUUGCAUAUGGAGUCAAUUUUAGGAGGAUGCCUCCACUGUGGGUAUUAUCAAAUGAAACAAUGCCUCGCAUAAGUCUAUUGAGGGUUUCCUCAAAGUUUUGGUUGAGUCCAA